AUGUGGAGGAAUUGGGGUGUGAAUCUGUUGAAACGGGCCUCCAAACGGGCUGUCCGACCAGAUUGGCCCAGACCCACGUCCCGAUCGGCCCCCCACUGCGCCGGGCCCCUGGCGCCAUCGUUCCGCCACUACUGCAGCAGCUCCGCCGAGGGCGGCCGCCGGGACGAUGGAAAAAAUGUGAUGACGUACGCCGAGGCAAAGAAGCUGAUGAGGCUGGUGGAUGUGGAGGCGCUUAAGGAGAGGCUGGGCAAGGAGGGUAAGGAGGCGAUCUCCUACGCCGAGCUCCUGAGGGCCUGCGAGGGCAUCGGCGUGGCUAAGUCGCCAGAGGAGGCGGCUGCCUUCGCUCGAGUCCUUGAUCAGGCCGGCGUCGUUUUGCUAUUCAGGGACAAAGUGUAUCUCCAUCCGGAUAAGGUGGUCGAUUUGGUUAGACGAGCAGUUCCCCUUUCACUUUUACCCGAAGAUGACCCGUGCAAAAACGAGCUCAAGAAGCUUCAGGAGAAAAAGGAUGAAAUCGACAUGCUGGCCCACAAGCAGGUUCGCCGCAUACUUUGGACUGGGCUGGGCGUCGCUGUCGUGCAGGUCGGGCUUUUCUUCCGUUUGACUUUCUGGGAAUUCUCUUGGGAUGUAAUGGAGCCAAUUGCAUUUUUCACUACCACUAGUGGAAUUGUUUUGGGCUAUGCCUAUUUCUUGAUCACCUCAAGGGACCCGACCUAUCAAGACUUGCUCAAGAGGCUCUUCCUCUCGAGGCAGAGGAAGCUCAUCAAGAAAUACAAUUUCGAUAUCCAGAGAUUUGUGGAGUUGCAGAGAACGAACAAAUUGCACCAUGAAUCGUGUGCGAAUAUAAAGAGGCGAACGGGGGUAGAAUUGGACCCGGAGGACCUUUUGCACGGUCAUUGA